AUGACGUUGACCUGGGCUGUCUACGCAGAAUUGACUGCAAAAGAGGGCAGCGGUUUUGUUUUGGGAGAAGCUGCCAUUUUCGAGGUGCUCACUUCCGAGGCCUCCUACUUGCGCAGUCUCCGGGUGGCCGUCUUCCACUUCCAGCUGUCUCCCGCCUUGCGCGGAGCUGUCACAGGGGCCCAAGUGCAGCAGCUGUUUUCCAAUCUCUCGCAAGUCAAGGACACCAGUGAGAGCCCGCCAAGGCCUUCGGAAGCCUCCCAGGACAGUCACCUGCGGGGCAUCCAACACGCUCCUCUUCCUCCUCCUCCUCCUCCUCCUCCUCUCUGCCCCCUGCAGGUUUCUGCUGCAGCUGGAGGAUCACCUGGAUCAGGACGUCUUCUUGUCAGGUCUCGGGGAAGUGGUCCUGAAAAACUGCCCUGCUUUCCACCGGGCUUACGUCCCCUACGUCACCAACCAGAUGUAUCAGGAGCAGCUCAUGCAACGGCUGAUGUGAGGACCAGGAAGGGGAACAGCCGCUUCCUACAGGUCCUGCGCACGCUGGAGGAGCAGCCGAUCUGCAAGAGGCAGCCCUUGAAAGCUUUCCUGGUGUUGCCUUUCCAGAGGAUCACUCGGCUCAAAAUCCUACUACAGCCGGGCAGAGAACCCGUUGCUAAAAUUUGUGAAGCCCAGUGGCUCGUUUGACUGUGGCUUUCUCUCCCUCCAUGUCAGAACAUCCUGAAAUGGGCCGGACCCGAUUGUGAGCUGGCCAAAUCAGUGGGCUUGGCCCAUGAGGCCGUGGGGGAGAUCGUGUCCCAAUGCAACAAGAACGUCCAAGCCGUGAAACAGAAAGAGGAGCUGGAGAUGCUGGAAAAACGGAUGGACUUCUCCAAGGUCAAACCUCUUCCUCACUUCAGCCAGGGGCGCUGGCUAAUUCACGAAGGAGAGCUCCGGCAGGUCCUAAUCCAAGAGGCCGGACUCGGCUACCGGCCCCAGGUCAGCAUGAAGUCCAUCCAUCUGCACCUGUUCAAUGACUUGCUGCUGCUCUCUCACCUCAAGGAAGACGGGCGCUUCUUGGUGAUGGACUACGCCUGGACUGGUCACGUCAAAGCCGAGCUUUUCAGAGCGAAAUCCUUGGGACUCCCAGAAUGGAGCUUCUACCUCUCCAUGGCCCAGAAUCACAGAGAUGAAAGCAGAGACCUGGUCCUCAAGGCAGGCAGCGAGGCCCAGAGACAAGACUGGAUUUCAUGGCUAAAAAGCCACUGAGAAAACCUCAAGGCAGGAAUUCCCAGGCGUCUCCGCCAGGCCUGGCUGCUUCUAACAACCAAAGGAGACGUCUUGCAUUGGAACUACCCAUGGA